AGAGCGAUAACGAAACUGCAGUGAGUGACUAAUAAUAAUUAUUUGCAGCUACAAAGGUAGGAAUUUUCUCUUGAAAAGCAAUGGAAAAUGCUUACGCCCCGAUCAGCGAGGCUUGCGUGAAGGCCCUCAGCGAUAAGACCUACGAAAAACGGAAGAUUGCCGCGACCGAGAUAGAAAAGAUGGUGGCGGAUUUCAACGCCAAGAAGAGCUACGGACAAAUCCGGCGGAUAAUCGAAGUGCUGAGUAAGGACUUUGUGACGUCGAACGAUUCCAACAAGAAGAAGGGUGGUUUGAUUGCACUGGCGGCAGCCAGCAUAGCGCUGGGGAAAGACACCGAGCGGUUCAUCGAGGAGAUUGUCAAUCCGAUACUGAACUGCCUGAUGGACACGGACACGAGGGUGCGAUACUUUGCCAGUGAGUCGCUGUACAAUGUGGUGAAGGUCUCACGGGGGUCAAUCAUUCCGCUGUUUCCGAGUCUGUUCACAUCGCUGAGCCGGUUGGUGACGGAUCCGGAUCAGAAUGUGAAAAACGGGAGUGAACUUCUGGAUCGUCUGUUGAAGGACAUUGUGAUUGAGUCAUCCGGGUCGUUCGAUUUGGACUCGUUCAUCCCGCUGGUUCGAGAGAGAAUCAUGGCCAAAAACUCGUUUGCAAGGCAGUUCAUAAUUUCCUGGAUUUCGGUGCUGAAUGCGGUUCCGGAAAUCAACAUGGUGGUCUACCUGCCGGAGGUUUUGCUCGGAUUGUUCCAAAUGCUCGAGGACAACAUGCCGGAAAUACAGCGGAUGUGCGAAUCCCUUCUGACUCAGUUCCUGAAGACGAUCAAGGCCGACCCCACCGUGGUGGACAUUCCGCAAAUGAUGAACGUGCUGAUAGUGCAGGCACAGUCCAGCAACGCUCUGAUCCAGUUCACGGCGAUAAGUUGGAUCAAGGAGUUUGUCCUGUUGGCCAAGGGGGACAUUAUUAGGUUUUCGUCGGGGAUUUUCACAGCGAUCUUGCCAUGCUUGGCAUUCGAGGGUGAAUCCAAGAAACACAUCAAAGAUUGUGCCACGGCGGUUAACAUCCACCUGCUGGAGCUGGUUUCCGGCGAGGAGAAGCAUCAGAACCUUAAGAAUCUCGAUCUGGACUCGGUGAUGGAAGUACUCCGGCAGUACUUGAUCCACAGCUCCGUUCCGACGAAGAUCGCUGUCCUGAAGUGGGUCCAUCACCUGUUUACCGAAGUGCACGACGAGAUGUCCAGCCACGCAAACAAUCUGUUUCCGGUUCUGCUGAGGGACUGCCUGUCGGACAGUUCGGAUGAUGUGGUCCUCCAAGCGAUUGUCGUCCUGGCGGAAAUCGUCAACUCGGCCACGGCCAAGGGAAGCGACUUCGAUCAAAUGCAGUACAAGCACUUCCUAAUGGAACUGCUGACGCUGUUCAGCGAGAACCGGAUAUUCCUGGACAACCGAGGAACCCUCAUCAUCCGACAGCUCUGUCGACUGCUGAACGCCGAGUACAUCUAUAGGACCUUCGCCGAAAUCCUGCAGGAAGAGAAAACCAACCUAAAGUUCACCUCGACGAUGGUCCGAACGUUGAACAUGAUUCUGCUGACCACGUCGGAUCUGUUCGAGUUGCGAAAUACCUUGCGGGAUAUUAGGAACGAAAAGUCCGCCUCGUUGUUCGAGUGCUUGUACAAAUGUUGGUCGCAUUGUGCCGUGUCGACGCUGUCGCUGUGUCUGCUAGCCCAGUGCUAUCAGCACGUGUCGGAAAUUGUCGUACUGUUCGCUGAUAUGGAAAUCACGGUCGAUUUCCUAGUUGAAAUCGAUAAACUAGUUCAACUGAUUGAAUCUCCUAUUUUUGCAUCCCUCCGACUGGUUCUGGUGUCGCACACCAACGAUAAUGCCGAUGCGCAGCACUUAUCGCGGGCCUUAUACGGCAUUCUAAUGCUGAUCCCCCAAACGGAGGCCUUCAACCUGCUCCGGAAUCGACUACAGUGCGUGCCAAACUACUGGGGACAACCAGCUAUGAUAAACUCGAAGUCUUCCAACGAGAGCCAGAGUAAAAUUAACUUUAAGCAACUGUUCGAGCACUUUCAGCGAGUGCAAGCGAUGCACCACCGGCAGCGACUCGAGCAGCGAAAGAAGAAUCAAUUCUAGGUAGUAAACAUCCGCGAAGGGCUUUCGGAACAAAUUACAACCACAUUCCGUCGUUGAUAGUGGGUCACAUUAAA